AUGGAGGCCGCCUCGCCGGCGGGACCUGGCGGCCGGGAGCCGCACGCGCCGGGCUCCGCCAGCCUGCUGCUCUGGAUCAAGGGCAGACUCUUCACCUGGGAUAUUUUGAAAACAAUUGCCUUAGGUCAGAUGUUAUCCUUGUGUAUAUGUGGGACAGCCAUCACCAGCCAGUAUUUGGCAGAAAGGUAUAAAGUGAAUACUCCCAUGCUUCAGAGCUUUAUCAACUAUUGCUUGCUGUUUCUAAUUUACACAGUGAUGCUGGCAUUUCGAUCAGGUGGUGAUAAUCUUUUAUACAUCUUGAAAAAGAAAUGGUGGAAGUACAUCCUGCUUGGACUAGCAGAUGUAGAAGCUAAUUACCUGAUUGUCAGAGCAUACCAGUACACAACUCUAACCAGUGUCCAGCUUUUGGAUUGCUUUGGGAUUCCUGUGUUGAUGGCUCUUUCGUGGUUUAUUCUUUAUGCAAGAUACAGAGUGAUCCACUUCAUCGCUGUGGCUGUCUGUCUGUUGGGUGUAGGAACUAUGGUUGGUGCAGACAUAUUAGCUGGGAGGGAAGACAGUGCAGGUAAUAAUGUACUGAUUGGUGACAUCUUGGUCCUUCUUGGAGCUUCCCUCUAUGCUGUUUCUAAUGUGUGUGAAGAAUACAUCGUGAAGAAGCUGAGCAGACAGGAGUUUUUAGGAAUGGUGGGCUUGUUUGGAACAAUUAUCAGUGGCAUACAGCUAUUGAUUGUGGAAUAUAAGGAUAUUGCCAGCAUUCAUUGGGACUGGAAAAUUGCCCUGCUAUUUGUAGCAUUUGCCCUCUGCAUGUUUUGCCUGUACAGCUUCAUGCCACUGGUGAUCAAAGUCACCAGUGCCACUUCUGUCAACCUGGGCAUCCUGACAGCUGACCUUUACAGUCUUUUCUUUGGACUUUUUCUGUUUGGCUAUAAGUUUUCAGGACUCUACAUCCUGUCCUUCACCGUCAUCAUGGUAGGUUUCAUCCUGUACUGCUCCACCCCAACGCGCACGGCAGAGCCAGCUGAAAGCAGCGUGCCGCCAGUCACCAGCAUUGGAAUUGACAACCUGGGGCUGAAGCUUGAGGAGAGCCUGCAGGAGACCCACUCUGCCGUCCUGUAGCUGGAGAAGAAGGCAUACACGUCCACAUGAGGUUUCCUGGCGAGCUGGGAGCUGUCACCUGGAUAAAGCAGAGCCUACUGCUUUGGGACACUUGAAAACUUAUCAGAGUGAACACUCUGUAACAUUGGGUUCGAUUCAGUUGGAUUUUAAAAGGAAUAUUAAAAUCAUGUAUCAAAAGUGGAAAUGCCAAAAUAGAGCAGAAGCCGAGGCUAGGAUUGUGUUUCUGUAUGUUUCGGGCCCAAUACCUGUUAGUGUCGGGGAGACAAGGUAUGGGGCGCACCCUGGGCUGUUAGAUGCACAAGUGGGAAAGCAGGAUUGGGCAGAUACUUGGGUGUGAGCCAGACUGGGCUAGGUAGUCAGGAGGAGGGGCAGCCCAGGGUGGUUGGGAGUAGGUUUUCUCAUUUGGAGGCAUCUGAGUUUUGUCUUGCUGAGCCAAUUAUUGUCCACAAACCUUGUGGCCUUUUAGGAAAGGGAAAAUGGGUGUGGCAGCACUUGAGAAAUCCUGAGAUACAACGUGAGUACCAUAGAAGCCUUCAAGUGGAGAACAGUAAACCUAGGAACCUUCUCCCAAUUGUUACUAUGCUACUUCUUAGCAAAUAAUGUGCCAUGCGAUUUUUAUGAUACCUCUUCAAUACAGAGUGUUAAUAUGCAGCAGCAUUAUGAUAUCAACUGCCAGUAUACCACUUUGUAAAACCUCUGUAUGUGAACUUUUUGGGGUGAAAAAUAUAGUAAUGAAACUGAGGGUAAAUUCGUAUUAUUAAAAGAUUUUGAUUUCAUGGAAA